AAAAAAAAGAUUUUCUUUUUGGUUUUUGGCCCUAUAUCCGUAGGUUCCCCUGCUCUGGGUAGAGUAUUGACGUAACCGCGUGUGCUCGUGUUUAGUACCUACAUCCUAAGUGGGAGUGACAGUGGAAAUCGGUUAAUGUGCUGAGUGAGAGAGACGACCGAUUCCGACACUCCCUAAAACGCUUUAUAUGGAGCGGGACGGGUAUAGAACGCGAGUAGCGUCGCGUUUUUCACAGUUUAAAUGUAGGUAAUAGACGGUAUCAAAGGCCUUCCAAAAUUCAAAUUUUGAAAAUUUGAAAACAUUUAGCUUCUACGGACAUUUUGGACUAUUUUGAGGAUGUGCCGUGCAUAGUCGGGGCGGGUGUGUGUGGAGGCGUGUGACGGCGUGUGGAGGCGUGUUGCCGCGUGGCGAGCGUUGUGCGUGUGAUAUGCGGCGCAGGCCCCGGCGACGCAACGAACGGCUGUCCGGAAAGAAGCCUCAAACGCUGGUCUGACGAACCAUAAGGUCGCCACCUGCAGCAUAAUAGGGAGCCAUACGCCGCGGCGGAAAGACGGGUGCGACACGCACUCGUGAGCUAGAGGGUUGUCGGGCGUGGUGCGGGCGGUGGCCGCGGGCCCGGCACCAUGGCGACGGUGGAAGGCCGGCCGGCGCAGUAUGGCGUCUCCCUGCGGCAGUUGCGCGAGCUGAUGGAAACGCGCGGCGCCGAGGGCUUGGCCAAGAUCAACGCGCUCGGAGGGCCGCAGGAGCUCUGCAAGAAACUCUACACCUCGACCACAGAUGGUCUUAGCGGUUCGAAAGCGGAUCUGCAGCACAGGCGAGAAGUGUUCGGCUCGAACUUGAUCCCGCCGAAGCCCCCCAAGACCUUCCUCACGUUAGUAUGGGAGGCGCUGCAAGACGUCACCCUGAUCAUUCUAGAAGUAGCCGCCGUCGUAUCCCUUGGGCUGAGUUUCUACAAGCCGCCCGAAGACCCUGCUGACAGUGCACAUUUGGACGAAGAGGAAGGGCACUACCAAUGGAUCGAGGGUCUGGCGAUCUUAAUAUCGGUCAUAGUUGUCGUAAUAGUAACAGCAUUCAACGAUUACACGAAAGAAAGGCAAUUCAGAGGGCUCCAAUCACGGAUAGAAGGCGAGCACAAGUUCGCGGUGAUACGGUCAAGCGAGGUGAAACAAGUGCCGAUCAGCGAGAUAGUGGUCGGUGACAUAUGCCAGAUCAAGUAUGGAGACUUACUGCCCGCCGACGGUAUACUGCUGCAGAGCAACGACCUUAAGAUCGACGAGUCAUCGCUGACGGGCGAAUCGGACCAUGUCAAGAAGGGAGAAUCUUUUGAUCCCAUGGUGCUAUCCGGUACUCACGUUAUGGAAGGCUCAGGCAAGAUGUUGGUAACGGCUGUGGGUGUCAACUCGCAAGCUGGUAUCAUCUUCACGCUCCUCGGCGCUGCGGUGGAGAAACAAGACAAGGAGAUCAAGCAGAUGAAGAAAGAAGCUAAAAAGCAACGCAAAGAAGGCCAACGCAAGAGCAUUGUCGGCGAUGAGGACGCGACGCUGCCGACGAACAGCCACGGCGCGAACCACGCCCGACCUGACGACAACCACGUGGCCGCGCCCGCCGCCGCACCUGAAGCCCCGCACAAGAAGGAGAAGUCCGUCUUGCAAGCGAAACUGACCAAACUAGCCAUUCAAAUCGGCUACGCGGGUUCAACAAUCGCUGUGCUAACAGUGAUAAUCCUCGUGAUCAAUUUCUGUGUUCAUACGUUCGUGAUCGAGCAGAAGGAGUGGCGUGCGAUGUACAUCAACAACCUGGUGAAGCAUCUGAUCAUUGGUGUGACGGUGUUAGUCGUCGCCGUGCCUGAAGGGUUGCCACUCGCUGUCACGCUGUCUCUUGCUUAUUCUGUCAAGAAAAUGAUGAAAGACAACAACUUAGUACGACACUUGGACGCCUGCGAGACCAUGGGCAACGCUACAGCCAUCUGUUCCGACAAAACAGGCACCUUAACCACUAACAGAAUGACAGUCGUACAGUCCUACAUCUGCGAGAAACUCUGUAAGGUUACCCCGAACUUCAGGGAUAUCCCGGCCGAAGUCGGAGAGACUAUGGUUGAGGGGAUGGCCGUCAACAGCGCGUUUACUUCCAGGAUUAUGCCAUCACAAGACCCAACUGCCCCUCCAAUGCAAGUAGGCAACAAGACGGAAUGCGCCCUGCUAGGAUUCAUCCUAGCUCUGGGGCAGAGCUACGAAGCGGUGCGCGAAAGACAUACAGAGGAGUCUUUAACCAGAGUGUACACUUUCAACUCGGUCAGGAAAAGCAUGUCUACUGUGAUCCCGUACAAGGGUGGCUACCGGCUGUAUACCAAGGGUGCCUCUGAGAUUGUUUUGAAGAAAUGCGCAUUCAUCUACGGACACGAAGGCCGCCUGGAGAAGUUCACGCGCGACAUGCAAGACCGACUGGUGCGGCAGGUCAUUGAACCCAUGGCCUGCGACGGACUCAGGACCAUCUCCGUUGCCUUCCGCGACUUCGUGCCCGGCAAGGCUGAGAUCAACCAGGUGCACAUAGACCAAGAACCGAACUGGGACGACGAGGACAACAUCGUCAACAACCUAACCUGCCUGUGCGUCGUCGGCAUCGAGGACCCCGUCCGACCAGAGGUCCCAGAAGCCAUCAAGAAGUGUCAGAAGGCCGGCAUCACAGUGCGGAUGGUGACGGGCGACAACGUGAACACUGCUCGCUCCAUCGCCGUCAAGUGUGGCAUACUCAAACCCACCGACGACUUCCUCAUUCUAGAAGGCAAGGAGUUCAACAGGCGGAUCAGGGAUACCAAUGGAGAGGUACAACAACACCUUCUAGACAAGGUGUGGCCUAAGCUCCGCGUGCUAGCACGGUCUUCCCCCACGGAUAAGUACACGCUAGUGAAGGGCAUGAUCGAAUCGAAGGCCUUCGACACUCGGGAGGUGGUCGCUGUGACCGGAGACGGCACCAACGACGGGCCCGCGUUGAAGAAGGCUGAUGUCGGGUUUGCUAUGGGUAUCGCCGGCACGGAUGUGGCGAAGGAAGCGUCGGACAUCAUUCUGACGGACGACAACUUCUCGUCGAUCGUGAAGGCCGUUAUGUGGGGUCGCAACGUGUACGACUCCAUUGCCAAGUUCCUGCAGUUCCAACUGACCGUCAACGUGGUCGCCGUCAUCGUCGCUUUCAUUGGAGCUUGCGCUAUCCAGGACAGUCCUCUUAAGGCAGUACAAAUGUUAUGGGUGAAUUUGAUAAUGGACACGCUGGCGUCACUCGCCCUGGCCACGGAGAUGCCUACACCCGACCUGCUGCAGCGCAAGCCUUACGGUCGCACCAAGCCGCUCAUCUCGCGCACCAUGAUGAAGAACAUCCUCGGACAGGCCAUCUACCAGCUCUUCAUUAUAUUCUCGCUGCUCUUCGUAGGCGACAGAAUCCUGAACAUCCCAUCAGGUCGCGGCCAGGCGCUCGGCACGGAGCCCACGCAGCACUUCACAAUCAUCUUCAACACGUUUGUCAUGAUGACCCUCUUCAACGAAAUCAACGCGCGCAAGAUCCACGGACAGAGGAACGUCUUCGAAGGACUCUUCACCAACCCUAUUUUCUAUUCUAUAUGGAUCGGAACUGCACUUUCUCAGGUGAUAAUCAUCCAGUUCGGCGGCAUGGCGUUCAGCACGGCGGGGCUGUCGAUAGACCAGUGGCUGUGGUGCCUGUUCUUCGGCGCUGGCACCCUCGUCUGGGGGCAACUCGUCACCACCGUGCCCACACGCAAGAUUCCUAAGAAUCUCUCCUGGGGUCGAGGCCAGCCGGAUCAGGAGACGAUCCAACCCGCCUCCGACUACGACACGGAUCUGGACAAGAAGCCGCGAGCUGGACAGAUCCUCUGGAUCAGAGGCCUCACGCGUCUGCAGACACAGGUCAUAGGUGGCGAGUUGCAGGAGCGCUUGAUACCAGUGCCCUACAGCAAGACUUCCACCGACCAAGCUAUCCGCGUGGUGAACGCGUUCCGGCAGGGGCUGGACUCGCGCGGCUCGCUGGCGGACGCGGCGCUGGCCGAGGCGCUGCGCAAGCAGACGGCGCUCUCCAAGCGGUUCUCGCACUCGUCCAGCAUCGACUACGCCGACGCGGGCCGCGACGCGCUGCAGCCGCACGACAUCGACGUCGAGCGACUCUCCUCGCACUCGCACACCGAGACGGCCGUCUAACGCCGCCUCGAGUCCGCCUCGCAUGCAAUAAUUUAGCGUAAUAUCAGUAUUACCGCCGCGAAGUGACGCGAGCCCGGACCACCUCCAACCGUUUCGCUGCCAUCGCUCUAAUUAUAUUAUAAUCUAGCUAAAACGAUUGUGUAUAAAAUCAUAUUUUUAAACCGAAUAACGAGGAUGAUCAAGUUUCGUAUUUGAUUUCGAGUAUGGUCGAGGAGAGACUAACCUGUUGUAUAGAGACGAUCGGUGCUAGCGCACUAGUCACGCCGUCACCAGUGUAUUGAGCAUAAGUUAUAUUGUUAACUAGUGUGUUUAAUUAUUCGAUUGUUUUGAAAAUAUUUUAUUAUUAUACGCGCGCGUGUCACGACGGACCGCGCGCGUCUGUUGAACAAAUAAAAAUAUUGUCUAAUUAUUAAUUUUAGAUUUAAGCGCAAGGACGAGCGAAUGGACGUGUGUUUUUUGAAAAUAAAACAAAAUUUUCGCAUACCAUCGUGUCAUCUCUUACACGGAAUGAAAUGUUUUAUAUUGCUUUUGUCAAAGACAUCGUGGGGCGGGGGCUCGCGCGCGCCGCUCUCAUCCUUUUGUAUAAAGUUGUUUCAUUUGUAGCGCGCCGUGUCGCACGCCGGCCGCCGCGGCGGCGCCUGGACGUGUCGCGUGCCGCGUGACGUGUGUCGCGUGCCGCGUGACGUGUGUCGCGUGCCGCGCGACACGUGCCGCGUGCCGCCGCGGCCGCCGUCGCCGCGUGCGACUGUGAUAUUAUCCGGCGCGCGCGGGCCCGCCCCCACUCUACUUGGACUAAAUUAUUCAACUAUUAGUUAAGGUGUUUGUUAUAAAUUUCAAUAACUUUUCUUUUUUGUUUUUACGACCUUUUUCCCCUAAAUCUAAGUAUACAUUUAAGUCAUAUCUCGAAGCGUAGACGCAUCAACUUAAAGUUUCUAUACAAGAACCGUAAACUGUAUUCUUGUGUAAAAACCGACGUAGUCCACUUUAAACAUCUUCAAAAUGUUUAAAAUAGAAAAUAAACAUUAAAAUUGUAUAGCUGAAGGUAUUUAUUUGUAAUGCUAGUCUCUUAUGAAAACAAAAUACUAAUUAUUCAAUUAUUAUAAUGUACUUAUUGAUUAUUGAUAAAUACUUCAAGUUUAUUAAACAAAAUAUAGUCUACGGUGUAACGAAUUGAUUUUGGAAUUUUUUCUCUAUGAGCAAUAGGAGGCGCGCGCGACGCGGCCCGCUGCGGUCGACCGCGGCCCGCUGCGGUUCACCGCAGCCCGCUGCGGUUUACGUGCAUGACUGCGGUCGCGCGCGUACAGAGCUAGGCGACGUAGAUUCGCAGCAGUGGCAUUUUCAAGUUAUAACGUAAGACAUGUACUUAGUGAGGAGUUGAUAUCGCGAGUCGCACUGAGCGGCCGCCCGCUCGCCGCCCACUUGUUUUAGUAAUAAAUAAAUGAGAUCCAAACGACUUAGUGAAUCGGCAAUGUUCAAUUUUGUAUAGAACGUUUCAUAGUAGCGGUAUUUGAGAGUUGUUAUUAUUUGUGAGAUUCGUUCGUAGCGCGUUCCGUUCCACGCAGGCCGCCGCCGGCCGACGCCGCGUCGACGAGUCGCUGCCGACUGGCGACAGACAAACAGACCGGACCGGACGGGUGGCGCGACAACUAUUAAACUAUUAAACAAUCUUGUAAGUAAUUAAGUAUUAGCUUCGAAUCAAUAAAGCCUUUUUAAAAAACUUAGUUAAAAAAUGAAAACUAUUGAAACUUCACAUGUUUAAAUAAAAAUUAGUUAUGAUUUCAGUGAAUAGAGAGGUCAUGGUAUCGUUUUGUGUAUUAUAUUGCUAUUUUCGUUGAUAUUCGUUAUACCACGAGUUUCCCAAUGAAAGACAUAAAUUAGGAGUGUGGGUGCGGGUGGGGGUGACGCGCCCGGCGUCGGUCGGACGGAGCCGAAUGUGUUCAAACUAAACAGAAAGUGGUCCAAACUUAUGCCGAAAGUGGUUGAACUAGGCCGAAAGUGGCGUCAAAAGUGGCCGAAUUAAGUCGAAUGUGGUAUAAAGUGGCCGAAGCCUGCGCCGGCCGCGGCGCGCCGACCCACCCCUACAACAUUGUUUUGACACGACAGUCUGCCACUAACCAUUUUAGGUAAUAAGUCCCAUUGUUGUAUUUUUCGUCUCACAAUAAAUGAAAAUCUAUUUUAUUGUUUUUAAAA